UGAUUUAGGAUUAUGCAAACCAGUAGAAUAUUUUCAAUCAUCUGAAAAUAAUAAUAUUUAUGGUGUUUUACCAUUUGUAGCACCUGAAGUUUUAAGAGGUCAACCAUAUACUUUAGCCAGUGAUAUAUAUAGUUUUUCUAUAAUUAUGUGGGAAUUAAUAUCUGGAGUUCCUCCAUUUAAUAAUGAAGCUCAUGAUUUUCAACUUAGUUUAGAAAUUUGUAAAGGUAAACGCCCUAAAGAUAUUGAAAAUAUUCCACAAUGUUAUUUAAAUUUAAUGAAAAAAUGUUGGGAUAUUGAUCCAUUAAAAAGACCAACUGCAUCAGAAAUUAAAAAUAUUAUUAAAAAUUGGCCAAAUUAUAUUUCUAAUGCUAAUUAA